AUGAAGACAGAAAAUCACACUCUCAUCCUUGAGUUUGUUUUCCAAGGUUUCUCCACCUUCCAUGAACAGCAGCUCACCUUCUUUGUGGUAUUUCUUACACUGUACAUCUUAACCCUGGCAGGCAAUGUCAUCAUUGUGACCAUUAUCCAGAUUGAUCAUCAUCUUCACACCCCCAUGUAUUUCUUCUUGAGCAUGCUGUCAACUUCAGAGACUGUAUAUAUGCUGGUCAUCAUCCCAAAGAUGCUCUCCACCCUUGUGGGUAUGAGCCAGUCCCUCUCAUUGGCAGGUUGUGCCACUCAAAUGUUCUUUUUUGUAACUUUUGGCAUCACUAACUGCUUCCUGCUCACAGCAAUGGGAUAUGACCGCUAUGUGGCCAUCUGUAAUCCACUGAGGUACACAGUUACCAUGAACAAAAGGGUGUGUGCUCAGUUGGUAUGGGGGGCAUAUAGCAUUGGACUGAUUGUAGCAAUGACACAGGUGACAUCUGUAUUCCAGUUACCUUUCUGUGCUACAAAGGUGGCCCAUUUCUUCUGUGAUAUUCGACCUUUAAUGAAGCUUUCUUGCAUCAACACCACCAACAAUGAGAUUCUGACUGUGGUCAUCAGUGUUCUGGUGCUUGUUGUACCUAUGGGUCUAGUUUUUAUCUCUUAUGUUCUCAUUAUCUCUACAAUCCUUAAGAUUGCAUCAGUUGAGGGCCGGAAGAAGGCCUUUGCCACCUGUGCCUCCCACCUCACUGUGGUCAUUGUCCACUAUGGCUGUGCCUCUAUCGCCUACCUCAAGCCCAAGUCUGAGAACACCAGGGAUCAGGAUCAGUUGAUCUCAGUAACUUACACUGUCAUCACCCCCUUACUCAAUCCUGUGGUUUAUACCCUGAGGAACAAAGAGGUCAAGGAUGCUUUGUGCAGGGCAAUUGGUAAUAAAGUUUCCUGA